GAUACGCUGAGGUUAAAGUUUAAAGGUCAUGUUGUCAAAUUUUGCCCUCAGUAAACAUGGCGGAGACUGAGAAGCAGGCAGGCGCCUCUCCUGAAGAUGACGGGCCUCCCCUACCUGCCAGCUACACCUUCAUGGUGCCUAAGAAGGAGAUCAGCAUGGUGCCUGAUAUGGGCAAAUGGAAGAGAUCUCAGGCGUACGCAGACUACAUUGGAUUCAUUCUAACUCUGAAUGAGGGGGUGAAGGGGAAGAAGCUCACGUGUGAUUAUCCCGUUUCAGAGGUACAGCCGCAGUCGUUUAUCACACAUCUGUCUCACUGUGCACGGAGAAAAAUUCUCACUUCCUCCUUUGUUGCUCCCCUCUUUAAUGUUAUUGUUAAGUUUUUCUUAUCCUUCUCUCUCUGUGCAUUUCAGACAAUAGAAAAGUUGCUGUCGCUGUUGGGAACUCUGGAUCGCUGGAUAGAUGAGACGCCACCAGUGGACCAGCCGUCGCGCUUUGGCAAUAAGGCUUACCGAACCUGGUACGGCAAACUAGAGCAGGAGGCUGAGGCUCUGGUGGCUGCUGUUCUUCCUGAUAAACUCAGUGCUGCUGUUCCAGAGGUCGCAGUGUACCUGAAGGAAGCUGUAGGCAACUCUACAAGGAUUGAUUAUGGCACAGGUCACGAAGCUGCCUUUGCAGCAUUCCUCUGCUGCCUUUGCAAAAUAGGAGCUCUGCGAGUGGAAGACCAGCUGGCCAUCAUUUUCAAAGUCUUUGACAGGUAUCUGCAUGUGAUGCGGAAGCUGCAGAAGACGUACCGUAUGGAGCCGGCGGGGAGUCAGGGCGUGUGGGGGCUCGACGACUUUCAAUUUCUGCCCUUCAUAUGGGGCAGUUCCCAGCUCAUAGAUCACCCCACUCUGGAGCCACGGCAUUUCGUGGAGGAGAAGGUGGUGAACGAGCACCAUCAGGACUACAUGUUUCUGGAGUGCAUUAAAUUCAUCAAUGAGAUGAAAACGGGACCUUUUGCUGAGCACUCGAACCAGCUUUGGAACAUCAGUGCCGUUCCCUCCUGGGCCAAAGUCAACCAAGGCCUUAUACGAAUGUACAAGGCUGAAUGUCUAGAGAAGUUUCCCGUCAUCCAGCACUUCAAGUUUGGCAGCCUGCUCUCCAUCCAGCCCGUGAAACCAUGAAUGACAGCAGGAAGAACCAGUCUGAGAGCACAACCGAUUCUCAACCAAUUCAACGAACCACCCAAAUCGCCUAGCCACCAUCCAGCGUUCCAAAGUUUCCCCACUGCUUAAACGAAUAAAUGCGACUACAGUCAAAACCCUACUUCUAACAGCAGUUCAGCAUGACUGCCUCCCCCUAAAUUAUAGAAUUCACAUGAGGAUAAAUUUCUGUCUCCUUAGUCUGGGCCCAAGAAAUAGAGUGUAAGAAUAAAUAUAGUCCAUGGCACCAUAAUUAGUAUCUUAAAAAUUUGCAGUAUCCAUAAUUCAUAUCCAUAAUUUAUGAAUAUGUACAUAUGAAAAGUAAAGCUUGCCUGAUCUGAUAAGUCUUGGUUUUUAUUUGAUGUACUAGAAAACAGGCAAUGGGUCCGUUUUUCCAUUUAGACUGUAAUGAUCCUUGACAAAUUGAUGAUUUGUGUGUGUGUGUGUGUGUGUGUGUGUGUGUGCGCACUUGCUUCAAAAACAGUUACUCGUGUGGCCUGUAUGUGCUGUAAAUGUACAUUUUUGUCAUUUUGUCACUAGGAUUAAUAAACUGUCAGCCGUUUUAGUCUUGAA